CUUCCCACUUUGUAUCUUUAUCUUUACCACGGGAAUGACACGGAUGAAAGCAACAGGACUAUAUAAAAGCAAGUAAAAAACGCAGAAACAGAGAAAGGGAAGGAUAAACCCAAAAUCUAAACAUAGAAUCAGUAUUUUCCAUAACCCAUCACUAGCUUAACCCGUUUUCCUCUGAAAAUUUUAACGGCUUCUUCUUUUUCAAUAACAAUAGCAGUGGCUAACUGGCAAGGAUCUUGUGAAAAUGGUGGUUGUGGCAAAGCAUGAGACUAUUGCGAGAACCAAAAGUUGCAGCUUUCUAUCAAUAUCGUCAAUGGGUGAGCCAGAACCAGAAAGAGGGCAUUCAGUGAUAUCGUGCACUACUUUCAAUAUCUUAGCUCCCAUCUACAAACGACUUGAUCAACAGAAUCAAGGCCUUCGUGAGAGCGACUUCAGAGCAUUUUGGCUGGCUAGGAACAAGAGGAUUUUGGAUUGGCUGCUCUUUGAAACAUCUUCCAUUAUAUGUCUGCAGGAAUUCUGGAUUGGAAAUGAAGAAUUUGUGCAGAUGUAUUUGAAGAGUCUUGGUGAUGCAGGCUAUAUUACUUUCAAGCUUGCUCGAACCAACAACCGUGGAGAUGGUCUGCUGACUGCUGUACAUAAGGACUACUUCAGUGUUCUACACUAUAGAGAGUUGCUGUUCAAUGACUUUGGAGAUCGUGUUGCUCAGUUGCUGCAUGUUCAGUUAAACGUACCUUUGUCUCAAAACCAAAAGGGCAACGUUACAGAAGUCCUAAUUGUGAACACCCACUUAUUAUUUCCUCAUGAUUCCAGUCUAUCUAUAGUAAGAUUGCAUCAGGUCUACAAAAUUUUGCAAUACGUGGAAUCAUAUCAGAAAGAAAACCAGCUCAAGCCCAUGCCAAUCAUACUCUGUGGUGACUGGAAUGGAAGCAAGCGUGGUCAUGUUUAUAAAUUCCUUAGGUCACAGGGGUUUGAAUCUACAUAUGAUACUGCUCAUCAAUGUGAUGACAAUGAUGCAGAUGCACAGAAGUGGGUUAGCCACCGCAACCACAGGGGAAAUAUCUGUGGUGUUGAUUUCAUAUGGCUUUGUAAUCCUAACAAGGCACGUAAACCACUAAAGACUAGUUGGGGUGAAGCUGUUUUUGGUAUUUUGAAGUACCAGCUUCGGAAAGCUUCAAUGACUGAAAUUGAUGCGUUCGCCUUUCUGAAGGGUGAAAACUAUGGCGAUUACAUUACAUACUCAGCAUUCUGCGAAGCUCUCCACCAGGUUAAUUUGGCUGGAAUUCCUAAUGGACUAACUUUCCAAGAUACAAGGGAUUUGUGGAAGCAAGCAGACAUCGAUGGAAAUGGUGUUGUUGAUUAUGAAGAAUUUAAGAGGAUCUGGAAUUCUACAUGGUCGGAGCAGGAUGAAAACUGCAGUUCGAGUUCAAAUGCCUUCAGACAAGUAACUGGGGAAGCCCUUGGAUUCAAAGUGAAGAAUGCAGUUCUAUUCCCUCGUGAGACCGAGAAGGGAAUGUGGCCUGAGAAUUACUCACUUUCUGAUCACGCCUGUCUCACUGUUAUGUUCUCACCAUUAAGGAUGAAAUGUAACGAGUCUAAAAACCACUGCUAGGAGCAAAUUGUUUUUAAUUUUCAAUACCAUCUGCUAAACUACAAAAAAGAAGCUCAUCACGCAUUCGCUCUUUCAUUUUUAGAGAA